AUGUCGUGGAAAGCCAUCACACCCGGUGUCUACGAAAGACCCCUCGGGGACUUAGAGAAGAGUAUGCUGCCUGCGGCACUGAUUCACGCGCGCGAGGUAUAUUCUCGCGAGCCAAAUCUAGUCCACACGGUGGUCGACUUCUCCAUCCCAUGCGAGGGCCCGCAGGUGGCAGUCGCUCUGCGUGAAGGCUGGAAAGCGCUGCGAUUGUUGAAGUCUCCUGAUAUCGCCACCACCUAUCAGAACCGCCAACCGGAAGGAGUGAAGCAAUAUCGGGCCGUCACAGCUGAGGAACUGGAGGCCUGGGCACAGCAGACCUUGCUAGAACUCCCCCCGGGCCAGACUGUUCACUCGGCCAUUGCGAACAUGCGCCUGCUGCCGGACUGGUUGCCCUUUUGUUAUCUGCUACCCAAGGACCGCGCGGGGGAUGGUGUUUUCCACGGGCAACUGAUCUUGUGCAUUAGUCACUGGCGCACCGAGGCCACGGGUUGUCUCCAGCUGCUCCACCACCUCCUGCGCUUCACGACAGACCUGCUUCCCGGUGCCGAGAGUUCGACGUACAACAGCCUCGCGCAACAUGUCCCUGGCAGUGAAGUGAACCUGCUGUCCCCCUCGCUGGAGGAAGUGGUCAUGCCGGGGGAACGUCCAACCAGCUCGGACGCCCAGCAGAGGGUCGACGCCGACUAUGCGCGGUUCUAUGCCGCCCAACCCUCGAUCAACUUCGCCUCCCUGACCCCCUUGCGCGGGAUUCCCUCGCACAUACGGCUGCACCAACGCAUCUACACGCAGCAGACUACCAACCAGCUCCUCGCCCGCUGCAAGGCCCAUGCAAUCACGGUGAGCGCCGCCAUCCACACCGCCUACCUGGCUGCUGUAUGGCAGCUCGCCGACCCCUCGACCCGUUCGCGGUCAUACGCAGGAAUGAUGCCGGCCCAAAUCCGGAGUCGCCUGGCCCCAACGUCGGCCUUGCACGACCAGGGCGCCUGGUCCCCCGCGCAGCAACUGCUCAUCACCCUUAAGGCCCCAAGCAAGGACAGCAACAACCCAGCGCAGUUUGUGGCCCGGGCCCAGACCGUACGCCAGCAAUAUCAGCGAGUCCGUGAGCCCGACUGGCUGUACGCGGAUCAGCGUGCCAUCACCGCCGCUCGUGUCCACUACUUUGCGUCCAGCGGCGGCGACACCAGCGUCAUGCCGUGGUUCAGCAGCCUCGGCCCGCUAGACCAGGGUCUAUUCCCGGCCGUGAUCGGGGCCUUCCGUAUCCACAAUUUCGCCUGCUGGUCGGAUUUCCUCUCGGCCGGCAUCACGCUCAUGGUCUGGACGCACGAUGGAAUGCUGAGCCUCCAGGCGUUCUGGAAUGCGGCCUUUCACGCGGAUGAUCAGAUCCGGCAGACCUUGGAUGUCGUGGAGGGCGUGCUGGGUGAUGGACUGGGGGGAGGCUGGCCGCGCAGGCGGUCCACUGGGUUGAUUGUUAGCUCCUGCCGACCGUGUACAAAGUCGAUGCAUAGGUAG